GUUUUGAUCAGUAUGCAGCUGAUGUCUGGUGACCCGUGUUUUAAAACGCCUCCUUCUACAUCGAUGUCUAUACCAAUUGCUGGUGAAUCUGAAUCUCUGGAAGAAGACAGAAAAGGUGGAGAGACUCUCAAAAUCCAUCUUGGAAUAGCAGAUCUUUCAGCAAAGAGUGCCUCUGUUCCAGAUGAACUUGGUGCCUGUGGACAUUCUAGAACAUCAAGCUAUGCAAGCCAGCAGUCCAAAGUAUCAGGGUAUAGCUCGUGCCACUCCCGGUCAUCCAGUUUCUCUGAGCUCUGUCACAGGAGAAACACCUCAGUGGGAAGCACAUCAACGGGAAUUGAAAGCAUUCUAGAGCCGUGUGAUGAAAUUGAGCCAAAAACAGCCGAACCAAACCUUGAUCCAGCCAGCAAAGAAGAUACUGCUUCGGAACUGCUCACCAGAUGCCCAGUGAAGCAAGAUUCUGUAGAAUCUCAGCUGAAGCGAGUCGAUGACACCAGAGUGGACGCAGAUGAUAUUGUGGAGAAAAUCCUACAGAGUCAAGACUUCAGCCUUGAUUCCAGUGCCGAAGAAGAAGGCCUGAGGUUAUUUGUGGGUCCUGGGGGAAGUACGACCUUCGGCAGCCAUCAUCUUCCAAAUAGGUACGUAGUCCAGACAGUCUCUUAAAGAAUACACUGCCCUUUUCUUUUAAAUGUUCUUGAGUGGAAGAUGAAGGGUACAAAGUUUGUAUUAAACUGAGGUUAGAAAACACAUACAGUGCUUCCAUGAGAAGAAUUACAGCUCUG